CAAACGAGCAGAGUGCAAAAUAUUUACACGCGGCCCUCAGCUGGUGGUCGAGCCUAUAAAUACUCAGGCACAAACCCGCACUGACCAACAACAAGUUGUAAAGUACAACCGAUUCAAUCUUUAAAAUGGUUUGCAAGGGCUGUGGAUCUAACUGCAAGUGCACGGCGACCAAGUGCGGCGAUAAUUGCGCCUGCGAUCAGGAGUGCAAGUGCGUCUGCAAGUCUGGUCCCAAGGAUAAGUGCUGCACCACCAAGGCCAAGUGAUCCACCAGGGUAUCCUGGCAUUCCCUGACAGAAUGAGCAAUAAAAUAAAGUAAACUUUAAGCUA